AUGACUGCUACCAAUAGGAGGCUGUUGGCAUUACCUGCAGAUUACGAUAUUGGUGGUGGUGAUGAUGGUUAUGGUGAUGGUGAUGGUGGUAGUGUUGGUGAUGGUGAUGGUGGUAGUGUUGGUGAUGGUGAUGGUGGUAGUGUUGGUGAUGGUGAUGGUGGUAGUGUUGGUGAUGGUGAUGGUGAUGAUGACCGUAUACAGCCACAGUACUGCUCAGCGGAUAACAUCUACAUAUCGCAAGGGCAGACCCCUCCUCUUCCUAGUGGCAUUCCAACAUACACUGUAAUAAUUCAAAACAUAUGCAUGUCAGGAAGUUGUAUAAUCUCAGACAUUCACCUGAGUUGUGGGUGGUUUAGCUCAGCCAGGCUGAUCAACCCAAACAUGUUUAAACGAAUAUCUUACAACGACUGCCUAGUUAAUAACGGAAACCCUAUUAGCCCUGGUCAAACUAUCUCUUUCCAAUAUGCAAAUACCUACCCUUAUCGUAUGUCAGUAGCUUCGCUGUCAUGCCAGUAA